AUGAUUUCACAUACAAAUAAUUACACUGAUCAACAAUAUAAUUAUUUUCCAAAGCCAUUUAUCUUAAAUAAAACUAAUACUAAUAUUAAUAAUAGUGAUAAUAUUACUAAUGAAAGUAAUGAUAAUGAUAAUCAUAAACUAAUACACUUGAAUAAGCAUUCAUCUUCAUUUAAAUCUAUUUUAAACACUGAAACAACAUCUAAAUUAGAUCAAUCAUUCAGAACUGUUAGAAAAUACUUAAUUACUGAAAGUAAUCCAAUUUGCUACUACUCAAUGGAUACGCCUAAUAAAAAUGACAAAUUAAUUUUAAAAAAGGAACUACCAAAUGUUAAGCAAAAAAUUGAUCAGUUUAACAAAAUUGCCUAUAACCAUAUGUUUAAAUCACGCAGUAAUAUUCCAAUUAUAAAGUUGAAUAAUAAUGAAUUUCCUUGGACAAAUGAACAAUUCUAUUUGAGACAAGUGAAUAAAACACUUAAUCUUUGGAAUUCUAAUGAACAACUAAAUUCAAAGUCAGUUGCUAUGCCAAAUAUAACCAACUUCUCAAACAUUAACAAUCAGCACAAUCAUGAAGGAUUUAUUGAUUCCAAUUAUGAUGUACUUUCAGUUAAAAGCAUAUUCAAAAAUGUAAAUCAAGAAUCUAUUGAACUAAAAAAUACUUUAUCAACAGAUAAACAAUAUAAGUAUCACAAAACUAAACUUGAACAUUCAUUUCUAAUUUCUAAUCAUCCAAAUGAAUCAGAUAAAUAUUCUUCUCAAACUGAACAAAAUCAACUACUCAUUGGAGGAAGAUUAGAAAAUAAGAAAAAAGAUAAUGACAGCAACAACAAUUUAACUGUAGAUGGAUUUAUAAAUAAUAAUAUAAUACAAAAUGUUAACCUGUUGUCUGAACAGUUCACACUGUACGUUUAUAGAAAUUCUAACCAAAAUUUAGGAUUUUCAGUAUCACGUUUGAACUCACUAUUUGACGAAACUUCAAAUUAUUACGUAGUCAUCAGUGGUAUUCAACUUCCCAAUAAAAACAGUCAUUUACGAAUUGGGGACUGUAUUUUAUCAGUAAAUGAAAUAAAUUUAAUUAACAUGGAUUUAAUGAAAUCAGUUAGAUUAUUAAAAUCAACACCAUUUCCAAUUCAAUUAAAAAUACAAAGGUUGAAUAAAAUCAAUUUGUUAACUGAUAUUAACUAUGAAGAAGAUUUUCUGUCAGUCGAUACAGAUACAGAUGAAGAAGCUGAAAUAAUGACGAAAAUUAUUGACAUGGCACAAAAUUUUACUUCUACUAAAUGCAAAAAAAUCAACGAACAACUUGACCUGGAGGAUAAUCAAAAUAUAAAUCUAUGUAACGUUGAAUUAACUGAAACUAAUCAUAAUACAAUAAAUGAUAAUAGAAUAACAAAAACUGUAAUACAAAGUCAAUUUGUUAAAUUAUUACGACAAAAAGUUAUCAAAUGGUUACAUCUUCAUCAAACAUUAAUUCAAUUAAAUAAAUAUAAAUUGAAACAAUUCAAUAAAGAUCAUUACAAUUAUGGUGAUGAAACUGAAGUUACAAUGAAUAAUACCGAUGAAAUGAUAUGGAAGGAUGAUAGAGUUUUAGAAUACUUAUUAAACAAAUACAGUGAAUUACCUGGAGAAAUUAUAACAUUCGAAUUACCUUUGAGCACUUUGACUGUCGAAGCAUCUCAUCAUAAAAAUGUGAAUUUAGGUUUAAAACUUGCCGGAAGUAGAGAUUUAAAUCAAAUGAGUGUUUUCGUAUGUGGAAUACAACCAGGAAGUAUCAUUGAACGUGACGGACAUAUAGAAGUUGGCGAUCAAUUAUUAGAACUCAAUAAUCAAGUUUUAUAUGGUCUUAGCCAUUUGAAUGCUGCUCCACUAAUCAGAUCUAUUUAUAUGGAAGUGAUAGGAAGAAGUAGCAAUAUUUUCAGACGUUCAAAAUGUAAUGCUUUGAGGUUUGUGAUACAACGUCAUUCGUCAAAUACAAAUCUUAUGGCAGCAUUAGCAACAAAUCAACAUGCAGAUUCUUCUUCAGAUCGAUCCAGCCGACACACCAGUGUAGAUACAACAACAAGUGCACUAACAUCACCAGUGAAGAAUAUAAAUAAAGCGAAACAAUCUAUAGAAUUUAUGAAUUUAGCAUUUGGUGGUUCACAUGGACCUUUAACUCAACAAACAUACUCUACAACGUUGUAUAGAGGUUCUAAAGGAUUUGGAUUUGCAAUAAUGGAACGAAGUGCAACAAAUGAAGAAGGAAUUUAUAUUAAACAAAUCGUUGAAGGUGGUCCAGCUGAUAAAGAUGGUAUUUUAUGUGCUGGCGAUCAAUUAAUUAAAAUAAACAAAAAAGAUGUGACACAUAUACCUUACGACACAGUAGUAGAAUGGAUACGAUCUGCAAAACAUAUUCUUCAUGUACAAGUUACACGGUGGGGUUUCAAUAUUCAAGCAAGCGCAGAAACAAAAUCAUCAACUAAACGUUUCUCAGAUCCAUCUGUACUGAAUACAUUUGCAUCUGUUUUAUUUGGUAAAGAUAAUGAAAUGAAAAAUUUUCUAUCCCCAGUUAAUACAUGCCGAGAAUUAAUUAACACAAAACCUUUAAACGUAUUAUCCUCAAUUGAAAGUGGUACGAGCUGGUUAGUACCCCGACAAAUCGUAUCAAGGUAUCGUCGUGCAAGUUUUCCAAACAUCUGUUAUAAACGAGAGCAUAUUCCCACUACUGUUCUUCAGCCUUUGCCAAACUAUUCAACAACUUCAAUAAACCUUCAAGGAGAUAUAAUGAAUUUCGAUAAAAUCUCAAUUUUAAUAAAUGACGAACCAGAAAUCGAAGCAACAAUCCGCCCCAUCAAGUCUGGAAGUGAAACUGAAAUAUCGAUCGCAAUAAAUAAUUCUUGUGGUCUAGGAAUAGGCUGUAUAGGAGGCUGUGAAACAGCACUAAUUAAAGGAUCGAUUGCAGCAACUGAUGGUCGUCUCAUGGCAAAUGAUCAAAUCCUGGAAGUAAAUGGUAAAGAUACAAGCACAUUAACUAGUGAAAUUGUUGGUGCUCUAUUGAAGGCAGCUCCAUAUAAAGUUAUUCUCAAAGUAGGAAGACUGAAAAAUCAGAUUGCUAUACCAAAUUCAGCUGCAUUUCUUUUUAAUGAUCCUUGUCAAGUUAGACGAUAGACUAUACAGACUAAACAAGUAACCAAUUUAACCUGUAUGGAUAACAUAGAAGAAUGCUUAUUUUUGAUAUCUAUCUAUCAAGAAUGAAAAUAACUCUUAAUUUGUUAAUAAUAAUGAAUAUUUACGAAUUGUCAAGUUCAAAUUGACUUUCCGUAUUUCUUUUCUUUUCUUUGAAAAUAAAUGCUUUCUGUUGCAAUAAUGUAAAUUUUGCAUAAAUACAACAUUCCAUUAUACAGAUUGUUAAUAAUCUGUUUAAAAUAAAAGCAGCUCAAUUGUUCCGUUUUCUUUUUUCGUUUCUUCAAUGUUUUAUUAUAUUUAAGCCAAUCUAUGUAUGUGACUUAUUUUAAAUGAAGACAAUCCAUUCAUUUUCAUUCUAGUUAACAAUACCACCACCAUCAACAACAACAACAAAAAGAAUAUCCUUCUUUAUCCUCUCUUGCACUAAUAAUCUUUUUUUAAUGCACAUAUUUUCUCGGUAAUUUCACCAAAAAAGUAGCAGUAAUCUUUGUGUUAUACUACUACUUUUAAUACUUCUACUACUACUAAUAAUAAUAAUAAAUGCUUAGCUUUUCUGUAUAUUAGGAUAAUACUUUAUCGUAUAUAUUUAUAUAUACAUAUACGUAUAUAGUGGUUAGCUUCAUAUUUUCUUUGUCAAUUCAUAGGAUAUCUUUUAUAUUCAUGCUAUUCACCUUCUACUCUUUCUCUCACUCACUCACUAACUCUAAUUUCUUUAUAUUCUAACUGAAAAUCAACUUGAUUUACAAUGUGACGACUAGCUUGUUGCACAGUUAUUACAUGGAUAGUUAAAUAAAAUAAUAUUUUUUUAAUGUAAACAAUGAAGAUAAAAUUAAUAUUAUGCAACAACAAGAAAAAUAAACAUAAUCAUAUUAAUAAUUCUAUUUGUUUGCAUGAUAAUCUUUCAUUCUGAUAAACAGAAGAAUGAAUAUAUAUUGAAUUCGUUUCCUUUCUUUUUUUACUGAAACUAAUCUAAGAUUAAUAUAUGUAUUGAUGAAGUACUAUACUGUGUAAUGAAAGAAAUAUCUUAUUGAUUCGAUUCAUUUCUACUAAUAAUCCUAUUCGUAAAACUUAUGGAAAAUAUUAAUUGCAUUUAGGAGGAAAAUGUAAAUUUUCUCAUUUCUAACCUAUCUACAUUGUUUCCUCUUAUAAACUAAGUGAUUAAAGUCUUUCCAUGAAAUACAUCAUAAAAGGCAUUUAAAAUUCUGAUCAGGGAAAUGUUAGAAACAAUAACAAAUGUUACACUGUCUUAUUGAUUCUUGUUUUGUUUUUUGUUCUUUUUUUGGUUUGUCACACAUCUCUUCAUUCACUUGCUCUCUCUUAAAUGUUUCAUUGAUAUCAUAAUGAUAAAUAGUGAAUUGUUUUAUUCUCCCAUCCUUUUCAUUUUGUUUUCUGUAAACAUAUCUAACUUCAUUAAUUCAUGUGAAUGAUAAUAUAUAGUGUUGAUUAGUAAAAUAGUAGAAUCAAAUUGUAUAAUAC